AUGGUUUCUCCACGAAUUCAAAAGGAAUUAUCAAAUGCUUGUGCUUCAGAAGUCACACUUGCCAUAGUCAAAGAUAUUGGGGAUAGAGUUUUCACUAUCUUGGUUGAUGAGGCUCGAGAUGUUUCAUUGAAGAAACAAAUGGGUGUUGUUUUAAGAUACGUGAAUAGUGAAGGAUAUGUGAUUGAGCGAUUUCUUGGGAUCGUACAUGUAACUGGCACUUGUUCUCGUUCUUUGGAUCAAGAAACUACUUUGGUUGUUGAUUUAAUUAUACAAGAGAUGAAUAAUCGAUUUUCUCAAGCUAGCACCGACUUGCUAAAAUGCAUAGCGUGUCUUGAUCCAAGAAAUUCUUUCUCUGAAUUCAAUGAGCAUCAAGUCAUUCAUAUUGCUACAUUAUAUCCCGAGGACUUCUCUGCGAGCGAAUGUUUACAUCUUUCACGACAAGUUAGUAAUUUUAUUGCUAAUGUGCUGUGUGAUCCUCAAUUUGUUGCGCUUAGUGAUUUGGGAAGUUUUGCUAUGAAAAUGUUCAAAACUAAGAAGCAUUUAGUUUUUCCAUUGGUCUAUCGGAUUAUUGAGCUGGCCUUGGUUUUACCUGUUGCUACUGCUUCUGUUGAGAGAGCAUUUUCUACAAUGAAAACUAUCAAGACUGAUUUACGAAAUCGAAUGGGAGACGAGUGGAUGAGUGACAGUCUAGUUGUGUAUAUUGAGAAGGAUAUUUUUUCAAUGAUUGAUAACGAGUCGAUCCUGCAGCGUUUUCAAUCGAUGAAAACACGUAGAAUUUAG